UCAACAACUUCCCCCCUGACAGACAGUCUUGAACGCAGCCCUGAAUCACCUGCAGCCAGCAGGAGUUCAGUGCAAAUGGGCGGUGUUUCAUACAGACGAGGAAGGACCCAACCAACGCUGCCAUUCAAGCCAUAUUUUCUGCCUGUCGGUGCAGUGCCGACCCCAGCAGCAUGGAUAUAUCAGUGUUAAGGUGUAAAUAUAUGUCGUGGCUGCUGUUUUUGGAGUAGUGAGGCUCGCCUGUUUGUGGUGAUCCGGCCUGCCGUCCCGAGCGCUGUCCUCAGCGGUAGUGUAGAUGCCUUGCCCGAGAUGAGUGUGAAGGCUUUUGAGCUGGUCCCCGCUGUGGAGCGCGAUCUCCUCAUGGGCGACAAAGCUCGCAUCAACAUCGAGUGCAUUGAAUGCUGUGGAAAGCACUUGUACGUGGGCACCAAUGACUGCUUCAUCCAUCAUUUUCUGCUCGAUGAGGUCACUUCCUCCAAAGGGAAACUGAGUUACUCGGCUCAGAAGCUGCUGCACAAAUACUUGGGCCUCAAGAAACCUGUUGCUGAGCUGCGGGCUGCUUCAGCUUUGGAGCGUCUGAUAGUGCUUUGUGAUGGAAUAGUGUUCCUCGUCGACAUGGUGACAUUGGAGACUGUGCCCUCGGCGGCAGGGGGUGGAGCCAAGAUCAGAGGUGUGACAGCUUUCUGCAUUAAUGAGAACCCAGUGAAUGGUGAUCCAUUCUGUGUGGAAAUGGGCGUGCUCUCCUCCAAGCGGCGGACAGUGCAGAUUUACAUGGUGUAUGAGGACAGAGUGCAGCUGGUCAAAGAGUUGACCACUCCUGAGCAGCCCUGUGCCGUCAGUCUUGAUGGAUACUUCUUGUGCCUGGCCCUCGCUACACAAUACAUGAUCCUGAACUACAACACAGGAGCCUCCCAAGACCUCUUUCCUUACAACAGUGAGGAGAGGAGGCCCAUUGUGAAGAGGAUUGGCAGAGAAGAGUUCCUCUUAGCAGCACCUGGUGGUCUGGGAAUGUUUGCCAAUGCAGAGGGGGUAUCUCAGAGGGCUCCAGUCAACUGGUCAGAGAGUGUGAUUGGUGCCGCUGUGUGUUUUCCGUACGUGGUGGCCUUAGAUGAGAGCUUCAUCACCAUCCACAGCAUGUUGGACCAACAGCUGAAACAGACCCUGUCAUUCAGGGAUGGACACAUUCUGCAAGACUUUGAAGGGAAGGUCAUUCUGGCGUCCACCAAGGCAGUGUAUGUCCUGGUGCCCCUGCCGCUGGAGAGACAGAUACAAGAUUUACUGGCCAGCCACAGAGUGGAGGAGGCGCUCAUUCUCACAGAGGGAGCACAGAGAAAUAUUCCCAAAGACAAGUUCCAGAUUUUGCACAAAAGAAUCCUCCAGCAGGCAGGUUUCAUACAAUUCGGUCAACUUCAGUUUCUAGAAGCAAAGGAACACUUCAGGAAGGGCCAGCUGGAUGUUCGGGAGCUGAUAUCUCUCUACCCACUUCUGCUGCCAGCUUCCUCUUCAUUCACACGCUGCCACCCUCCUCUCCACGAGUUUGCAGAUCUUAACCACCUAGCACAGGGUGAUCAAGAAAAAGUGCUACGAUGCAAGAAGUUCCUCAUCAGUUAUUUGGGAGAGGUACGAAGCACAGAGGUGGCAAAUGGCUGUAGAGAGGACGUGGACACGGCGCUGUUAAAACUGUAUGCAGAACAGGAUCAUGAGAGCCUUCUAGACCUGCUAGCUUCAGACAAUGCCUGCCUGUUGGCAGACAGCGUCCCAUGGCUAGAAAAAUAUCACAAAUAUUUUGCACUUGGACUGCUCUAUCAUUAUAAUGGUCAGGAUUCAGCAGCACUUCAGUUGUGGAUUCGUGUGGUCGAUGGAGAUCUGCAGGACUCCACAAGAUCUGACCUAUAUGAGUACAUUGUGGACUUUCUGUGCUCCUGCUUCAACCUGGACCUUGUGUGGAAAUAUGCAGACUGGGCCUUGCGGAAGGAUCCCACUACAGGUGUCCACAUCUUUACCAGGAGGCCUGUCUGUAAGGGUCAGACACAACUGAACCCUGAUGAUGUCAUCACUUAUCUGGGAAAGCAUGACCAGGCACUGCUUCUCUAUUUGGAGCACCUGGUGCUAGAGCGACGGAUACAGAAGGAGAAGUUUCACACACAUCUGGCUGUGUUGUACCUGGAGAGAGUCUUAUUGCUGCUGUCACAGUUGCCAACAGAUGAAGAGAAGCUAACCAGAGCUAGAGAGAGGCUCCAAGCCCUGCUCAGGGAGUCCAAUCUAUACCGUGUACAGUUUCUUUUAGGUAAGAUGGAAAACUCUGAACAACUGCUGCUAGAGCGCGCAACACUACAUGGAAAGCUGGAGGAGCAUGAUAAAGCACUGCACAUACUGGUGCACAAGCUCAGAGACUUCCCGUCCGCUGAGGCCUUCUGUAUAUGGGCCUCCUCUAGUCGGGAUUCUGCUUACCGACAGCAGCUGUUUCACCUGCUCCUGGGGGUUUACCUAGAUGGGAACCCUCCUGGAAAAUCCCAGACGGCAGCAGGAGGUGGCAGCGGAGACCUGGAGAUGGCAGCAGUAGACCUUUUGAACAGGCAUGGCGAGGUGUUUGACGCAGUCCGUGUUCUUCGCAUGCUCCCUGAAGGCUGGUCACUGCAGCUGCUGCGGCCCUUUCUGGGUCGAGCUGUCAGGGCCAGCAUGCAUGCCUGCCGCACUUCCCAGAUUGCUCUGGGGCUAGCCCACUCUGAAAACCUUCAGCUGCUGCACGACAGGUUGAAAGAGCGCAAGAAACCCAUCUUUGUGUCUGAGAAGAAGGGAUGCCACCUGUGCCACAACACCUUCAGUGAGCCCAGUGUGGUGUGUCUGCCGGGUGGAGUGCCUGUCCAUACUCACUGCAUCGCCCAGAGAGUAAGAGACUCUCCUACAAAGAGACAGUUAACUAAUAGCAGUAACCAUACGUGAGACUUGACCCUUCAAGCUGUCACGUGAUUUGUGAUUGGAGGCACCAAACUAAAGCAGAACGUGCUGAGAUUUUGUACUGAGGGGGUAAAAAAAAGCACAGAACACACAUUGCCAUAGUAGAAUCUGCUAUGGAGCUAAUGAGAAACACAAACAAAGCUGUGCGAGUGUGUGUGUGUGCGUGUGUGUGUGCGAGCGUGUGUUCGUGCGUGUGCGUGCGUGCAUGCGCACAUGCGUGUGUGUGUGUGUGUGUGUGAGGGAGGGAGAAACAGACGAUUUCUGCUAUUUAUUCCUGUGCUGCGAUUAUACCACACUUUCAGAUUGCAAAUUUUUAUAAAAGAAAAACAGUUGAGUCACUGUGCCCUUUAAUCCAUUUAAACUGAGAAUUAAUAAAAGACAGGCUCUUGUCCUUUUAUUGUGGGUUCAGUGCUGUGCCUGUCCUUGUCUUGGCUCAAACAAUGUUUGAAUUCUGUUGCAAAUAUUUCCAUAGCAUGAAUAGUAUUACCACUCUCAUGGUUCUGGUUUAAUGAACUGAUAUGGGUAAUGUAUUAAUAUUGUCCUACCUUGCUCAUUGCAGUGUUAGGCUUUAAUGUGAAAGACUUAUCAGUGCUGAUAGAAAAAAGAGUCUUUAUUGUCUCUUAGCUCUGGUCUCACUGCUGCUUUAUUUUCCCCCUCAGCCGUAAUGUUAUAGUAUUUCAGUUAGUGACUUAACAGCGGCAAUUUGAUCCAAGCGGAUUAGAUUUUAAAUGUCCUGUUAUUGGGGUUGUCGUUUGUGGUGCAAGAAUGGCGCAAAACACUACAUCACACCACAUUGCUCCACUAAUCACCAAUAAGUGUAACCGGAGAAGGAAUAAUCAGAUCAGAUCAAUUGACCUUUUAAAACACUCUUUACUGAUAAUAUGCCGGUAUACACAUGUGAAACAUGAAAGCAAAUGUUAUGGCUCCGUUAACUAUCAACAACUAAUGUGAAAUCAAAACUCAGAGGUUUUGUCUGAUUUUGAGUAAGUAAUAAAUAAAUUUAGGGGAGUCUUCACUGCCCGCCUGGCAUCAUGGAUUCAUCUUGUUUGUUUGGCUAGGGUACACACAGUGAUUUAUAUAAAGUUAAUUUGAAUCCCAAAUAAACAUUGUCAAUUUUCACUAGAAUACCAUUAUUAUGAAUUCAAUUAUAAUUUCUCUGUUACUGCUGUCAGUGAGUAAUUAAGUUAUUUUUUCACAGCUUGGAUAUUACCAAUUUUUGUUUAAGCUGUAAAAAAGUAUUUGACCACAAGGUGGCAGUAAUGUGUAAACUUUUUAAAACAUGCAAUUAGCCACAGGUGGUCAGUGCAUCAUGGAGAUUACUUUAUGGUAUUCUUUACUCUUUUGUUCUACUCUCUUCUUUUCAAGAAUGUGGAAAAACAAUAUGAAUCUGUUUGGAAGAAAUCCUCAAUGCUUUGACAGCUAGUAGAACUGUGCUAUUGAAAUAUUUUCCUUGAAAUUAUGAAAAAUGACAAACUCAGACAUAUUGUGACAGUGUACAGCUUUGGUGUGAAGCUUCCAGAUGAAGUGCUUCAUGUGUACAAAGAUGCAUUUCCUCCACAUUCCUUAUGAAAGUAAUGAGGAAUCCUGGUCUCAUAAUGCAUGAUAUUUUCACUGCGUAUAAGCCCUUUUUAAUGUUUGGAAAUUGUGAAAAGACAAAACCUUUAUCAUCCUCGACUUUGAUGGCCCAAGAACACGCGGUUUGAUACAUCUCAGCUUUCAUAACUGCCUCUCCCAGCGUGCUGGAGUUACGGCUUUAACCUUUUAGUCUGACACUUCUCGCAGAAACAGAAGUCGGCCCCAGUCUAUCAUAAUGAAACCCUAAAAUUCUUUACAGACUUGUCAUCACAGAGCACUGCUUUGUGCUUUCCAAAUGUUGUGUUAGGUGUCAGAUAACAAUAAAGUGCAGCUUGGACCUCGUAAAUAUUUCUCCCAGACAGACAUAACUAAUGGCUGGAGUGUAAUGUGUUUGUGUAGCUAAACUGCGUGAACAGUCAGAAUCAGGGACAUAUUCCUAAAUGUCUGCUGGAGGUGACGCUUUGCUAAAAACAGUCUUAACUAUGUCAAACUAUUUCACUUUGAAAAACUGUGUUAUCUAAGAUGGCAGAAGACACACGAACAUAACAGAGGAAUGAGAGUAAACCCUGAACGUGAUUAUGUAAAGCUGCUGUGUGUGGAAUACACUGGUUAAUCAGUUAGUUUUCAUAUUUAAUACUUGUCUCUUGUCCUAGAAAUGUGCCACAGUCUCUCACCCAAAAUGUCCAUCCAGAUUUACAGUUAAAAGAAAAAAGGAAUGCUCUCAGUUUUCCUCCUCUAAGAUCAGAAAAUGUAGAAAUUACUUAUCCUUUAUACACUACAAACUCUCCACAAGAUUUUCAUCCAAAUCAGUUUUGAUAAAGAGAAACUGGUCAGGUUUCUCUAAUCAAGCCUCCAAGGACUGUUACUUUGUUUAUUUUGAACUUUUCAUUCAGCUGUCCAACCAACCAAAACACAUCACUGUUGUUGGUUUUGCUUGUUUCUCUGGUGCCUGUACUGUUGAUGCUAGCCUUCUGUAACUGCAACCCAUUUCUGUAGGGGACUUUGUGCAAACAUGGGACUAUUUUUCUAACAUGGAGAUCUGAAUAUUGUAGAUAGUGUAGGUUGACCCGCUUUCCAUGAGAGAAAGUCACAGCUUAUGCACAGCAUCUUUCUGUCUGAACAAUUUAAGUGUAGCUUGCUUAAAAGUCCUCCUAACAAUGACUUCAAGUAAUAAUAAUAAAAAAAAUACAGUACAGUUGUGUGAAAAAAAAUGCUAUUGUAUUUUAUAAAUAUAUGUAUACUGGUAUGUAUAUACUGCAUUUGUACUUGUUUGUUGCUUUCUUAAUCAAUGCCAAUGUGGAUGGAGUGUACAAACUGUAAAUCCGUCCCAUUUUAAUAAACAUGAAACUGUA